CAUGCGGCGGGGCUCUUUGAUGAUAAAGACAAGCUGACUUUAUUGAGUUCACUCACUCACUCCCUCCAUCUGAUCUGGUGUGCCACUCCAGCUCUCUAUCACAAUCGAGUCUGCUUUGUGCUCCGCAAUCCCAUUAUUACGUACCUAUUUUCUAACCUAUCUAUAUCAAUCCCAGUGUCUCGAAGAAUCCUCCUCCCCAGAACAUGCUCGUGAGACUACUAGCCUGAAAGUCGGAUGUUCAUGAAAGCGGCCUUCUACUCCAUGCCGCUGAUCAUGUUCUACGGCACUUCCUGAUCAUCAUCUGGUUUUCGCCAGAUAUUCGUAUCCUAUCGUCCGGUUCUAACUCCUAAGACCGUCUUCGCUGCAGGCAGCAGAUCGUUGUACCUUCCCUCAAACCCCCAAAGCUGGCACAUACAUAUCAUGGACGGAGUAACGUCAACCAGUCCAUUCGAACCAUGAACCAAGCAACUGAAAUCAUGGCGUUCAAGGAAUUCAUCGACUACGGACUCUCGCGUAGAUCCCUGAUCCCGAAGCAGCCGUUGGCGAAUUCCCUCGCGAUCACCCCGAAGCCAGCGUCCGUCCCACCUCCGACCCCGAUCGAAGCCCAGAGGGCCGACCCUCCUCUCCUGCGCCUCCCCACGGAGCUGCGUCGGGAAAUCCUCCGCUAUCUGAUCCCGCACCACACGCGGAAGCUCCGAUUAUACAGCGACAUUGACUCGAGCAUCAUCCAUUGGAAAUCGAGUCGCGGCUCCCGCGCGGCGUCCGAUUCGCGUGCGCUGGCCGUCUUUCGGACGAACCGACUCCUCUAUUGGGAAUGUCUCUCGGUGCUGUACUCGGAGAACCACUUCCAUUUCAUCGGGUUCAGCUACCGGCCGAUGCUGGAGUUUGUGCGCAAACUGAGUCCGAACACCCAGACGUUGAUUCGGCAUAUGAGGAUUACGCGGCUGACCGAUGACGAGACGGAGAUACGAAGGGACCAGCAUGACCUUUUCUGUAGAAUGCUUCAUGACUUCCUCCCGGGUCUAAUAUCCCUUCGAGCGGAUCCGUGGAUAUGGAUGUAACUGGCACAACUGGCAUUAUCAAGGAUGGUCGUUCGAACUGUUAGAUCUGAACGACGUUUAAGAGACCCUUCUACAGGGACGGACCUUAGAAUGGGUGACGACUCGGGACGAUUCAAUAGAUAUAAUUUCCUUGAGAACAGCACUGAGUGCCGGCAAAUGCAAAACCCAGUUUAUAUACCAUGGGAUGUGGUCACAAAUUCCUAUGCAAU